UUUCAUUCUUUCAACUCUCUCUUUCUCUAUCCUACUCGUGUCUUCUCCUUUUCUUUCUCCCUUGAUCGACCGUUUGCCGGUGAAAUUGCCGUCGCCGGCGAGAUUUCCCACCAGUCAUUUUCUCAUUGCGAAGAAACAAAGCAUUUUCUGUAGCAAUCAAGUAUUGAAAGAGAAAAACAAAUGGAUGGGACUAAAGAAACGGUGGGGCUUAUGAAUGUGAGCUCAGUGUGUUCAAUAUCCGAAAUGGAUGAUUUUGAUUUCUCUCGCCUCCUUGACAAGCCAAAGUUGAACAUAGAGAGGCAGAGAUCAUUUGAUGAGAGGUCUCUUAGCGAGCUAUCGAUUGGGUUUGCAAGAGGAAUUGAUAACUUUGAGACCACGCAUUCACCUGGCGGAAGGUCCGGGUUUAACACGCCAGCCUCAUCUGCUCGCAACUCGUUUGAGCCUCACCCAAUGGUGGUUGAUGCAUGGGAGGCUCUACGGCGGUCUUUAGUUUUCUUCAGAGGCCAACCGGUUGGUACUAUUGCCGCCUAUGACCAUGCCUCAGAGGAGGUCUUGAACUAUGAUCAGGUUUUUGUACGAGAUUUUGUACCCAGUGCCCUAGCUUUUCUGAUGAAUGGUGAGCCUGAAAUAGUCAAGCAAUUCCUUCUGAAGACACUACAUCUCCAAGGAUGGGAAAAGAGAAUAGAUCGAUUCAAGCUUGGUGAAGGGGCAAUGCCAGCCAGCUUUAAAGUUCUUCACGAUCCUAUUCGAAAAACAGACUCUCUGGUUGCAGAUUUUGGUGAGAGCGCAAUUGGAAGAGUUGCUCCAGUGGACUCUGGUUUUUGGUGGAUUAUUCUGCUCCGAGCAUAUACGAAGUCUACUGGAGAUUUAUCUCUAGCAGAAACUCCAGAGUGCCAGAAAGGAAUGAGGCUCAUAUUGAUGUUGUGCUUGUCAGAGGGGUUUGAUACUUUCCCAACCCUUCUAUGCGCCGAUGGAUGCUCUAUGAUUGAUCGCAGAAUGGGCAUCUAUGGUUAUCCUAUUGAAAUUCAAGCACUUUUUUUCAUGGCAUUGAGAUGCGCGUGCUCAUUGUUGAAACAUGACGAAGAAGGAAAAGAAUGUAUUGAGAGAAUUGUGAAACGUUUGCAUGCCUUGAGCUAUCACAUGCGGAGUUACUUCUGGCUUGACUUUCAACAACUGAAUGACAUAUACAGAUAUAAGACUGAGGAGUAUUCUCACACUGCUGUAAAUAAGUUUAAUGUUACUGAUUCAAUCCCAGAUUGGGUAUUUGAUUUCAUGCCAACUCGUGGAGGCUACUUUAUUGGCAAUGUUAGUCCUGCGAGGAUGGAUUUUAGAUGGUUUGCUUUAGGAAAUUGCAUUGCCAUCCUGUCUUCUCUUGCAACUCAUGAACAAGCAAUGGCUAUCAUGGAUCUCAUUGAAGCUCGCUGGGAGGAGCUGGUGGGAGAAAUGCCUCUAAAAAUAGCUUAUCCUGCAAUAGAAAGUCACGAAUGGCGGAUUGUAACUGGUUGCGAUCCCAAGAAUACUAGAUGGAGCUAUCAUAAUGGAGGAUCUUGGCCAGUGCUUUUAUGGUUGCUGACUGCUGCGUGCAUCAAAACGGGACGACCCCAAAUCGCAAGAAAAGCGAUUGACCUUGCUGAGACCCGUCUACUGAAAGACAGCUGGCCCGAAUAUUAUGAUGGGAAACUUGGCAGAUACAUUGGUAAACAGGCAAGGAAAUAUCAGACAUGGUCAAUUGCUGGAUACUUGGUGGCAAAGAUGAUGCUGGAGGACCCUUCACACCUGGGGAUGAUAUCUUUGGAAGAGGACAAGCAAAUGAAUCCUGUGCUCAAGAGAUCAUCUUCUUGGACUUGUUAAAGGGGCAUCCAAGCAAAGGAUAUGAAAGGAAGAAGAAGAAGAAGAAGAAGAGGGAAAGAACACGGAAGGCAAGAAAUGUGGGGUUUCAUUACAGCACCAUUCUUUGGCAUUUUGUCCUCGUAGGUUUGAUCAAACUUUCGGUUUUCUGUACUAUAGUUUCUGCUAAGACCAUGCCCUGCUUUUCUAAUAAGCGAUACACUCUUCUGUUUGUGUUGCAAACAUUUUGAAUGGCAUAUUGGAAGUGCCAUAAUUGAUUUAUAUUAAGGAGUUUUGACAGCAAAAAUGGAGAAGAUUUGUGCUGAUUGUUAAUCAAGGACUUUCCACUGCAAGACACUGGAAAAAGUCACAUGAUAUACAGACUUUUGAAUUCAAAUUUGAUGC